GGCCGAGAUUAGAGUCAGUGUAGACCGUUCCGUGGCGCGUUCGUAAGCCCACUUAAGACUGUUUUUAAUACUAGUAUUUUUUACGCGAUCCCCUCAAGGAUUUAGCGGAUUUCAGACUUUGAUUUAUCGGUAUCGGUUCUGUGUUUACGUUAGUGGUUGACGGAUAGUCGCGUGCGCUCAUAAUCCACCGGCUUGUAGCGGCUUAUCACGGAUAUCAGCGGAUCUCAUUAGACUCCAGUGGAGUUGACCCAUUGAACUUUCAUACCAACACCAGUUACCGGUCACGAAGAAUGUCCGUUGCGUAAAGACUGCCGCAGUCAGUCACAGCCGCGGCUUGUUUUAAUAAAGUCACCAAAAAGCCUCACCAUUCAUCUACGCGUGUAUAAGGAGGCCCUCGCGGCCGGGAUGGAGCCGUUAAGCGAAAAUGGCCUGUGUUUGAGUGAGUUGGAGCUGCAUGGAGGCGGACACUUGCAUGAGUCGGUGGCUGCUUCGGUGGGCUCGGCCAUAUCCAGCCUGAUGGGACCUCUGCAUCAUGAACCACAGCAUACGCCGCUGCAUCAUGCACCGCCGCUACACCACGAGCCACUAGAGAAAUUAAAACUAUGGGCAGAAACGGGCGAAUUUCGGGACAGUGGGCACUCGUCGCUCACAUCUGGCGGGUCCGGAGUGGAACAGUCGCUGUACGCGCCGCCGCGACCUCGGCGGGAUCGGAAGAUGACGGACGAUAGUCGACAGUUAUCGUCGGAACCGACGAUCAAAACUGAGUCGACGACCCCCGGCGUCGGCCCCGACGACCCGUCACUCGACGAUAAAGGCGACAAGAAGAACAAACGCCAACGACGACAGAGAACCCACUUCACCAGCCAACAGCUUCAAGAGCUGGAGGCGACGUUCGCGAGGAACCGGUACCCUGACAUGUCCACGCGGGAGGAGAUCGCAAUGUGGACCAACUUGACUGAAGCGAGAGUGAGGGUUUGGUUCAAAAAUCGGAGAGCUAAAUGGCGGAAAAGGGAAAGAAACGCGAUGAACGCGGCGGCGGCAGCCGCCGCCGACUUCAAGAACGGCUUCAGCACUCAAUUCAACGGUCUGAUGCAGCCGUUCCCCGACACGGAGGCGUUGUACUCAUCCUACCCGUAUAAUAAUUGGGCGGCGAAGGUCCCGAGUCCUCUGGGUACGAAGAGCUUUCCGUGGCCAGUGAAUCCUUUAGGGUCGGUGGUGCCGGCGAGUCACCACCAAGGGUCUGUGAACUGCUUCAACACGGCCACGUCGAUGGGCGCCGUCGGGGGCGGCGGCAUGGGCGCCGUGGCCGGGUCCACCGUGGGCGCGGGGGUCGCCCCCUGCCCGUACUCGGCGCCGCCCAACCCGUACAGCAUGUACCGCGAGCCGUGCCCCGCCAUGUCAUCGUCCAUCGCGUCGCUCCGGCUGAAGGCCAAGCAGCACUCCUCGUUCGGCGGCGGCUACGGCGCCGUGUCGCCGGUGUCCCGCGCGGGCUCGGCGCCGCUGUCCGCGUGCCAGUACGCCGCCGCCGGCGUGGGCGUCUCCGACCGCGUGCUCUGAGACGAGGCCCGCGGCCGCGAGGAGUCCCGCUGCGCCGCGCAGCCUCUGCUCGCGGUCGCCAGAGCCUCCUAGUCGCCACCGCCGCGCGGGCCGCCGGACGCCGCGCAAGGACUUUACUGUCACCUCUGGGAUUGGUUCGACUGAGUUCCGACGUCAAGUGACAGACGUGUGAAACUUCAGGCAAUAAUUAUAAACGAAUCGUUAUAGACGAUCUUUGUAAAUAUGUAGUUAUGUACUUAAUACGUAUACCAAAGCUAUGUGUGCAAUUUUUACAAGCUUGUAUGUAGAUAUUACGAUAUAUUGUUUUGUUUACGAUACCUGGGAAAGUGUAAAAAUAUUAUUAGGUUAUUUAUUUUUAUUUUAAAUAAGUAUUGAGGCAUUUUAAUGUUUAAACCAUUAUAUAAUUUUAAAUAAAUUGACCUAGUGUGAAAGAUAAAUGGCAAUCAGCAUUUAAAUUAAACUUAUUUCAAAUGUAAUAUUAAUAUAUUUAAUAAAACUAUUCGAAAAAAUAUCUUUAAAUUUCAGAGUUGUGAUGAAUGAAGUUAAUGCAUUUUAAAUAAAGCUUCUUCAAAAUUUAAACUGUGUAUUUAUUCGUAACAUUAAUAACAUUAUCUUAAUAUAAUUGCUGGAUUAAAUAAGUAUUAGUCAUUGGUUCAGAAAUGAAAGCGUAUUUUCAAUAAACUGCGUUAUUAAGAUAUCUGUUACUAAAUUGAAACGGUUUAAAGUUAUGAAAAUAAAUAUUAAGGUUCCUAUUUGCAAUAUUCAAUAUACAUUUAUUACAUUUAGUGAAGAAAAGCCAUUGAUUUGUUUAAACGAACAUUAAUGUAUUUAAUAGAAGAUUCAACAUACAAUGAGAUUAAUGUAACAAGGAUCUCACUACAAAUACUAGUAUAUAUUUAUUAAAACAAUUUUAAAUUGUAUAUAGUAUUAAUACUUUAUAUCACAUUGUAAUUAGUUAGUAUUCCACAAGCGUGGGUCUAAUGUUAAUGAAAUCUGUGUAAAAUUGUAAAUAAUGCGACUUAUUGUAACACAGCUGAAAUGAGAGGUUUUCCUUUUAAACAUAUCAAUCAAAAUAUAUGCGAGCGAGUCAAGUUUCCAAUUAUUUUGUAAAUUUAUUACAAACACGGAUCGUUUUGUAACUUAUAAACCUCUAGUCACAAUAAAAAUAAUAAUGAGAA